AUGAAGUACGCACAACUUGUAAUGGGACCGGCGGGCAGUGGAAAAUCAACCUACUGCUCAGUGAUGCACAAUCACUGUCUGAGCACGGGAAGGACGUUGCGAAUGGUGAAUUUGGAUCCGGCUUGUGAGGUUUUCAAUUAUCCGGCUGUCGUUGAUGUUCGCGAUUUGAUCAGUGUGAAUGAUGUUCAGGAGGAUGAGGAGUUGAUUCUGGGUCCGAAUGGCGCGCUGGUUUUUUGCAUGGAAUACCUCGUUCAAAAUCUUGAUUGGCUGCACGAUGAGCUCGACGAAGGGGAGGACGACUACUUCGUUAUCGAUUGUCCAGGACAAAUUGAGUUAUACAGUCAUUUGCCGGUGAUGAGACAGAUUGUGGAUGCUUUGAAGUCCUGGGACUUCAACGUCUGCUCUGUGUUCCUAAUCGACACGAAUUUCGUCCUGGAAGCCGAGAAAUUCAUUUCGGGAGCUCUCACAGCCCUCUCCGCAAUGGUUGCCAUAGAGACUCCGGCCAUCAAUGUGCUCACGAAGAUGGACUUGCUCUCCGAGAGAAAUAAGCAACUGGUUGAUGAGUUUUUGGAAACGGACACUCGUUCGAUUGUCGAUCAGGACGAGACUGUUUGGAAUUCGAAACAUCGCAGAUUGACAAGAACUAUUGCUCAGGUCCUCGAAGACUAUUCCAUCGUAAAGUUCGUUCCAUUGAAUUGUGAAGACGAGGAGAGCAUCGAUCAGCUUCUUCUAACAAUCGAUACGACAAUUCAAUAUGGAGAAGACUUGGAAGUCAAAGAUCACUAUCCCGAGGAGUUGGAUCCAGAACAAUUGGAUCAUAUUUAA